UUCUCUGCAUCCUCUUUCAGAGUGAAAUGGAGGAAAAUCAGACCAUGGUCACAGAGUUCGUCCUGCUGGGAUUCUGUCUCGGCCCGAGGAUUCACCUAGUUCUUUUUCUGCUUUUCUCUCUCUUCUAUACUUUCACCAUACUGGGGAAUGGGACUAUCCUUGCAAUGAUCUGCCUGGACUCCAGACUCCACACUCCCAUGUACUUCUUCCUGUCCCACCUGGCUGUUGUCGAUAUGGCCUAUGCCUGCAACACAGUGCCUCAGACACUCAUAAACCUCUUGGAUGAGACCAGGCCUAUCACCUUUACUGGAUGCAUGACACAGACUUAUCUAUUUUUGACAUUUGCUAUCACCGAAUGUCUUCUCCUUGUGGUGAUGUCCUAUGAUCGAUAUGUUGCCAUCUGCCACCCGCUAUACUACACGGUCAUCAUGAACUGGAGAGUGUGUACCAUCCUGGCUGCUGUUUCCUGGAUAGUCAGCUUUUUCCUUUCUCUGGUCCACUUACUUCUCAUCCUGAGGCUGCCCUUCUGUGGACCUAAUAAAAUCAAUCACUUCUUCUGUGAAAUCCUGUCUGUCCUCAAGCUGGCCUGUGCUGACACAACACUCAAUCAAGUUGUCAUCUUUGCAGCCUGUGUGUUCACCUUAGUGGGGCCCCUGUGCUUUGUUCUAGUCUCCUACACAUGCAUCCUGGUGGCUAUCCUGAGGAUCCAGUCAGGGGAGGGUCGCAGAAAGGCCUUCUCCACCUGUUCCUCCCACCUCUGUGUGGUAGGGCUCUUCUUUGGCAGUGCCAUUGUCAUGUACAUGGCCCCCAAGUCCCAGCACCCAGAGGAGCAGCAGAAGGUUCUUUUCCUGUUUUACAGUUUUUUCAACCCCAUGCUAAAUCCUCUGAUCUACAGCCUGAGGAAUGCUGAGGUCAAGGGUGCCCUCAGGAGGUCACUGUGCAAAGAAAGUCAUUCUUGUUUGGUGUGGUGUUCCCACCACAAGCCUUGGUAGUUUCCUCUAAUUUUGAUCUCCAAUUAUUUCUUAAAUCCAGGAAUAUUCAUUGCCU